UGUCCCCUCCCCGCCUCAUAACCUUCACUUCCCUUCUCCAUUUUCAACUCUCUCCCGCUGCUUUUCCUCCUACUUUAUUCUCUCCCUGUCUUUCCUUAAACCCAAAUGUCCCCAUAACCUUAAGGGUGACGGGUUUUUGGAGCUUUACGGACGCCCUCCCUUUUACCUCACACCUCAUUCUGACCUCUCAUUCCCCUCCGCCUUCUUGCCGUUGCUCAACAUCCUCCUCUGCCGAUUCUGUCUGCUGCCAUAGCGUUGCAGUUGCACCCGCUGCUUCCUCACCAUUCCCACUCUUUUUUGUUCCCUCUCUUUCCGGUAAGCCCAUUUCACUCGCCCCUUCCUCUUCUACUUUUUCCCUUUACCGCGCCUUGCUCUUCUUCUUACUCUUCUUUUUUCUCGUCACUCAUGGUUUUAUUUUUUAUUUCUUUAUUGGCUGGGCAUUUUUUCUUUGUCGGUGACGCUCUGUUCGGAGUGCUUCUGUUUCCGUUACUUCGGGCUAUUUGCAACCGAAUCGUGGGAAGUCCAACUCAGCCAUUCAUUUCUCUGCGGUUUAUUUCUUAUCUGAUUUUAAAUUUUUCGACAAAAUCUCUUACCGGCGACUUCAGUGGGUGGUGGCAGUCCUAGAAUCGCCUGCUUUGGCCCAUAUCUUAUUUUCACUUCUCUAAAAGUUGACUGCGUAAUUUGGAUCUAAUUUGAGUGUUUGAGAUUGUGAGCUAUAAAUAUUCACUGACAGCACUAUUUGCCCGCUCUCGUUCCCUCACGUCACUUCAUUUUCUCUCGAGUUUUUGCUCUGGAAGUAUUUCUCAUAUUUUCGCGUACGGCUAGUUACGGCAUGUGUUAUAUUCGUAGACUUUUAGGAUCUUAAGCCAUCAAAAGCAGACCUGCUCAGUAAUUUAGAUCUCCAGCAUCCCGGUGGCCAAAAACCCCCCGGAUUUCUUUCAUGGCUUUUGUUUGAUGCUCUGCCACACUGCACCUCGCUUCGGAGCAUUGCGUGAUUAUAAUACUCGGAGUCAAUCGGUGACGAAUUUUCGAGUUGAAGCAACGCGUUGUACUUUCCCUUUUGCUUCUCGGGCAAGGAUAGUAGAUUCAAUGUGCUGUCAGCGCCGAAGUUUUACUGACAACAGAAAAUGAUAAUCUUUUACAUUUUAGGGUGUUGCCCGCGUAAAACCUGGAAGACAUUAUUGCGCCCUCCUAGCUGCCGCAUUCUUGUGAAAAUUUCACUUCUCAGGAUAAUGCUCAUCAAGUAAACUCCGUAGACGUUGAAAAUUUAGGCUGUCCCUUGCUGCGAUCGCUUCUGCGCCGAUACCGUUGCAAAUUUUGAGAUGGAGCGGCGCUGGCCCUGGAAGAAAAAAUCAUCGGACAAGGCAGUUGUUGAGAAAGUAGCUGCUGGAUUGGACUCUGUUAGUGCUUCCUCCCAGGGCAAUCAGGAUAACUACAAAAAACCAAACUAUGCCCAAAUUUCUGUGGAGUCAUAUUCCCAUCUGACUGGUUUGGAGGAUCAAGUGAAGACGUGUGAGGAAAAAGUUCAGAGUCUAGAGGAUGAGAUCAAGGAUCUGAGUGAUAGGCUGUCGGCGGCAAAUUCAGAGAUGACAACCAAGGAAAACCUUGUAAAACAGCAUGCAAAAGUGGCUGAAGAAGCUGUCUCAGGAUGGGAAAAGGCUGAAGCAGAAGCUUUGUCAUUGAAGAAUCAUCUUGAAUCUGUCACUCUUGCAAAACUUACUGCUGAGGAUCGUGCGUCACAUUUAGAUGGUGCUCUUAAAGAGUGCAUGCGACAGAUCAGAAAUCUGAAGGAAGAGCAUGAAGAGAAAAUGCAAGAAUUUGCUCUUUCUAAAACCAAGCAACUGGACAAGAUUAAAGGGGAGUUUGAGGCAAAGAUUGAUAACUUAGAACAGGAACUCCUUAGGUCAGCUGCUGAAAACGAGGCCCUUUCAAGGUCCUUGCAGGAGCGCUCAAACAUGCUGAUAAAAAUUAGUGAAGAAAAAGCUCAAGCUGAGGCUGACAUUGAGCUUCUGAAGAGCAACAUAGAAUCAUGUGAAAGAGAAAUCAGUUCACUUAAGUAUGAACUUCAUGUUGUUUCCAAGGAGCUUGAAAUUCGCAAUGAAGAAAAGAACAUGAGUAUGAGGUCUGCAGAAGCUGCUAACAAGCAGCAUAUGGAGGGGGUAAAAAAAAUUGCCAAAUUAGAGGCAGAAUGCCAAAGAUUACGGGGUCUGGUGCGGAAAAAGUUGCCCGGUCCUGCAGCACUUGCACAGAUGAAGCUAGAAGUUGAGAGUCUUGGCCGAGAUUAUGGAGAAAAUAGACUGAGGAAGUCCCCUGUGAAGCCUGCUAGUCCUCACAUGUGUCCUGUGCCUGAGUUCUCCUUAGAGAAUGCACAGAAAUUCCAGAAAGAUAAUGAAUUUCUUACAGAGCGUUUAUUGGUAAUGGAAGAAGAAACUAAGAUGCUCAGAGAAGCUUUGGCCAAGCGUAACAGUGAAUUGCAGGCCUCAAGAAGCAUGUGCGCAAAAACCUUAAGCAAGCUUCAAAACUUGGAAGCUCAACAUCAAACAUGUAACCAGCAAAAAGGAUCUCCAAAAUCGAUGACCCGGAUGACCCAUGAAAGUAUUUAUAGUCGCAAUGCAAGCUAUGCACCAAGUAUAACCUCCAUAUCUGAAGAUGGAAACGAUGAUGCACUAAGCUGUGCUGAAUCUUGGGCUACAGCAUUAAUCUCUGAGCUCUCCCAAUUUCGAAAGGAAAAGAAUACUGAGAAAUCAAGCACACCUGAAGCCACUAAUAAGUUGGAAUUAAUGGAUGAUUUUCUGGAGGUGGAAAAAUUGGCUCAUCUAUCAAACAAUUCUAAUGGAGAUACCUGUGUUUCAGUUUCUUCAAACAAGACACCUGAAAUUGUGGUCAAUGAUGUGUCAAAUAUCAAUAAUUGCAUAGAUGAUUCAUCUAACAAACAGAUUGUUCCAAAUCUAUUGUUGAAUCUGGAGCCUUCUGUUGCACAGUUGUCAGUGCCUGAUCCAGGAUCUUAUGUUGACCACUUUUCAUUGACAGGGCUUCAGUCAAGAAUAUUGUCGGUUUUCAAGUCCAUGUCUAAGGAUGCUGAUAGAGGAAAGGUCCUGGAGGAGAUUAAACAUAUUCUGCAAGAUGCACAAGACACUUCUGUCGAGCACUCUUCUGGUUGCAUUUCUCAGGUUGUCCAACCGCUCCAGCCUUCUGAUUCUCCAUGUGAUAGGCAUGUUAAUCCUGAAGAUGCUGGCUUAAGAAUUGGGAAGGAUUCCACUUCAUCCCAGCAAGCAACAGAAUUUGUGCAGAUAACUUCAAACGUAGAAGCUGCAAUUUCUCAGAUUCAUGACUUUGUAUUGUUCUUAGGCAGAGAAGCAAUGGCAUUUCAUGACACAUCUUGUAAUGUAGAUGGAAUGAGCCAAACGAUUGAGGAGUUCUCCGUCACUUUUAAGAAAGCUCUACGCAGUGAAAAAAGUUUGAUGCAAUUUGUUCUUGACCUGUCUUGUGUUUUAGCUAAAGUGAGUGAGUUCAGAUUUAAUGUCCUUGGCUACAAGGGUACAGAAGCUGAAAUUAACAGUCCUGAUUGCAUUGACAAGAUUGCCUUGCCAGAAAAUAAGUUACCUCGAGAUGAUUCACCUGGAGAAAGAUAUCAAAAUGGUUGUUCUCAUAUUAUAAAUCCUUGUUCUGAUCCUGAGGUUCCUGAUGAUGGAAAUCUAGUCUCAUCCUAUAAACCAAAUGCUACGUUCAAAAAAUUAUCUGUCGAGGAGUUUGAAGAAUUGAAAUUAGAGAAAGAGAGGGUGGCAAUAGAUCUGUCAAGAUGCAUUGAAAGUCUUGAAAUGACAAAGUCUGAAUUACUGGAAACUGAGCAACUUCUGGCGGAAGUUAAAUCACAAUUGGCUUCUACUCAGAAAUCUAAUAGCUUGGCGGAGACACAGCUGAAGUGUAUGGCAGAGUCAUACAGGUCACUUGAAACACGUGCCCAUGAGUUAGAAACUGAGCUAAUUCUUUUGCAAGUUAAGACUGAAACUCUGGAGAAUGAACUUCAAGAUGAAAGGAGGGGUCAUGAAGAUGCUUUGGCCAAGUGUAAAGAGCUUGAAGAGCAAAUACAGGGGAAUGAGAGUUCAGCUGCUGAUAGUAACCAAAAGAUGAAGCAGGAGAGGGAUUUGGCAGCUGCUGCUGAAAAGCUAGCCGAGUGUCAGGAAACCAUUUAUCUUCUUGGCAAGCAGUUGAAAGCCUUGCAUCCUCAAACGGAGCAAAAUGGAUCUCCAUACAGUGAAAGAAGUCUAAAGGUUGAAGCCUUCCCGGAAGAUGAACCUACAACUAGUAGCCCAAAUUUGCAAGAAUUAGAUCCGGUCGAGAUGGACAAUGCUACUCCUGCAUACAUGCAGAAAUUAGGUGGGGUGUCGCCUCUGCAUUUCUCCAACGUCGUGUACAGUCCAUCAGACAAUGAAGCAAACCUUCCGGACAGAUCUCCAGUGAAGCCUCCAAAACAUAGGCCUGCAAAGUCAACCUCCUCAUCGGCCUCCUCCACCCCGACACCAGAGAAACAUGCACGAGGCUUUAGUAGAUUCUUUUCAUCGAAGGGGAAGAAUGGUCACUGAGCAUGCAGCUUGCAGCCUGUGAUCUUUCAGAUUUGAAGGUCAUAAGGUGAUUACAACUGAUAAGUCUCAUAGGCCCUUCUCUAGUCUUGAUUUGUUUGUGUUUUAGGUAAAGAAUGCCGUUCGUGCCAGGCGAUUCUUGUACCUAAUGAUUGUACAUGGUAACCAUAUGUUGUUUUCUUUUCCUUUCCAUUGGCAUUUUUAUUUGUCUGUAAAUUGAUUGACAUUGACGACAUAGUUUAUUACAGAUGUUGAAUAUAUUUCGUCCGAGAGCAAUUGCAUUGAA